UUUCUCCAUCUUCCUUUAGACAGUGUCUAACGCUUAUUCACUUACACGCAUUCGCAUUAAUUCAAAAUGCAUCUAGAUUUGUUGAUGUAACAACGUCGUCAUGUUAUCCCACGCGUUAAUACCAUUGCUACAUUCGAUAUGAUGCUCUGUUGUUCCGUGAUACCGUUUAUUGUUACUUAAUCAACAUUCCCUCACCUCACUCAUUGGCUGGUGCGUUAGGGGAAAGAAGGAGCAAGCAAGUAUUCACAAAGUGUAAGGAGACAACGAAAAGUGUGGAACAUUCAGUUCAGCAGCAGCUGACAAGAGUCAAGGCACCAAUUGAGAGAUUCGUUCUUAAUCGCGAGAAUAUAAGUUGCUUCCCGCAAAAGUGAGUAUGACCAGAAGACGGACAUCAGAACAUAAGAUGACAUCGGAUUCGACAGAUCGGGCAAGCACUGCUUCGUUAAGCGAAGAGGAGGCCAUGGCCACCUACUACAUGAUGGAACGAAACCAUGAUCAGCGGGACUCGGAUUUAAUGAACGGCCUCUACCGUCACAACAUCCAAAAUGGACACCCCAAAGCGGGAAGUAGCCAGAGCGUAUUGGUGGUAAAUGAAGAUGCUACUAAAAGUCGUAAGCAGGAACUGGUAAACUGGAUCCGCGAAAAGGCCAAGAAAUCUUUCACAAAGAAAGUACUCUACAAGCGUGUUCCUAUACUCUCCUGGAUGCCAAAAUACAAAGCACAGGAUGCAGUUGGAGACCUUGUGGCAGGAAUCACUGUUGGGCUCACGGUUAUUCCUCAGUCACUCGCAUAUGCCAAUAUUGCUGGCCUUCCCACAGAGUAUGGUCUGUACGGCUCAUUUCUGGGCUGCUUCCUGUACAUUCUGUUUGGCAGCUGUAAAGAUGUGCCCAUGGGACCCACAGCAAUUGUCUCACUACUCACAUAUCAACAGGUUGGCAAUCUCGGAAUUAAUGCUCAUUACUAUGCUAUCCUACUCUGUUUUCUGGCUGGAUGUGUUGAAGUUUUAAUGGGCACCCUUGGACUAGGAUUUGUAAUAGACUUCAUAUCAGGCCCUGUCUCAUCAGGAUUCACGUCAGCAGCGGCUCUAAUCAUUGUGACAUCACAAGUCAAAGAUAUAUUGGGUAUACAUGCAUCAGGAAACACUUUUAUUGAAAACUGGGACAGUCUGUUUCAUUCUAUGAAAGAUACAAGGACAUGGGACACAGUCCUUGGAGUAGCCUGCAUUGCAGUUCUGCUCCUCAUGAGGUUACUGACCAUGGUGAAAGUAGGACCUAAAGAUGAAACACAGAUGACUACAACGCAACGAGCUAUAAAUAAGUUACUCUGGCUCAUUGGUACAUCCCGCAAUGCAAUUCUUGUUGUAAUCUGUGGUUUCAUUGGCUACCAUUUUGAAAACACAGAUACAAUUAAAAUAACAGGAAAUAUCACUCAAGGACUUCCAGAAUUUAAAAUCCCUCCGUUUGAGUUCUAUGACAGCACUACAAACCACACUGUAAGUUUCACUGACAUGUGUUCGACCCUGGGUACUGGCCUCAUCAUAGUUCCUCUCGUGGCACUGUUGGAAAACAUUGCCAUUUGCAAGGCCUUCUCAAAUGGAAAACCUGUUGACGCAACUCAGGAACUUCUAGCAAUGGGUGUCUGUAACAUUGGAAAUUCUCUUGUGCAAGGAUUUCCAGGGUCAGGCUCACUAUCUCGUAGCGCAGUCAACAACUCUAGCGGGGUCCGAACCCCACUUGGUGGUCUCUAUACAGGUUUGCUGGUAAUGUUGUCAUUGCUGUUCCUCACGCAGUACUUCUUCUACAUUCCCAAGGCAGCACUUGCAGCCAUUAUUAUUGCAGCUGUCAUAUUCAUGGUAGAAGUCCAUGUUGUGAUACCAAUGUGGAAAACAAAGAAGAGUGACUUGAUUCCUGGAAUUGGCACCUUUAUAGCGUGCCUUGUACUACGACUUGAGAUUGGGAUUCUGGUGGGCAUUGGCAUCAACAUUUUGUUCAUAUUAUAUCACGCUGCUCGUCCAAAGAUAGCCAUUGAAAAUCAAGUGACAACGGAAGGGGUUGAAUAUCUAUUACUCACUCCAGAUCGCUGUCUCAUCUUUCCUUCUGUCGACUAUGUGCGUAACCUGGUGACCAAACACAGUAUUAAGCAAGCAAUUCCUGUAGUUAUUGACUGCUCACAUAUCUAUGGAGCUGAUUUCACUGCUGCAAAGGUGGUAGAGUGUCUAACACAAGACUUUUCAUCACGCAAGCAACCAUUGUUCUUUUACAACCUUAAACCCAGCGUGGUUGCUGUAUUUAAUGGGUUACAGCCAAAAGAUUUUGUUGUCUACCACUCAGAAGAAGAGCUUGAUAAUCUUAUCAGAGCACACAAGAAGCUUACCGAAGAGCAUCGGAUCCGAAGUGACAUCAGCAUAGUAACUACUGGGUAAUAAACACAAAGAAAUAUUGUUCCUCUGGCAGUAAAUGUCCUAAGGAACAAAGAACAGGAACAUGACCUAAAUGGUGCAAUCAUCAUCAUGGGAACUAUGACAAACUGAUGAAGAUUCAAUCAUCAUUAUCCUAUUGUAUUUGCAGAAACAGAGAUGGGCUAGUUCAAAAGGGGAAUAAAAACUUCCUAAAAACUGUGUUUUUCACAUAAAGGAUUCCAAGAGAUCAUCUCAUUGUAGUGACCAGAAUCUUGUGGGUGGAAUACAAUCAGUAACAUAUUCACACCGAGUGAAGAGAAGGGUAUGCAAGCCAUGAUGAGGAACUUGGAUACUUUCACAGGCUGGACCAGAGAAAGUAAAAGUCUGAAACAAAUAAUAUUAGUGGCUUAGCAUAUCCCUUAAUACUUAGUUUCCAAGUUCUUGAGAUACAAAGUUACUAUAUAGGUAAAUCGGUUUUGUUUUUAGGGCUACAGGCUCUGUAGUUUGCUCACUCCAAUCACAGACACAUACAGACUACUACUUUUCAACUACAAUGGAAGAGGUACACUAAAAACUUAACCAGCAUGCAAAUACAGAAGCAAAAAUUAAUGGAUAUGACAAAAAAAUUCUAUUGAACUGAUGUUAUGGUUAAAUGCAAUUUAAUCCAAUUAUUUAACUGAUGGUGAAUUUCCAGUUUAUAAAACACAGAAUAAAGUAAUAUAUUUUCAUGAGCCUUACUUCUUUAUAAAAAGAAGAAUAAGAAUAAUAGGUUCUAAACAGUGCAGAGGAAUUUCAUAGUGAUCACUGCAUUUGUGUGUCUGGUUAUUUAUAUGCUAUCCGUAUUUUAAGUUCUGUAUCAUUUAUCAAAAUUAUUCAGAAUUGCCCAGUCGAUACAUCUAUAGUUUAAAAUUUAUGAAUCCCAUCUGAAGAGGGGAGGUACAAAUAGGAGAGAGAUGUGCUAUUUGUCCCACAAUCAAAACAAUGAGUCAGCAGUGAGGCUACCUGAAUUAUCAGAAUUAAUUCUUUUGGGGAGGGAGUAAACAGAAUGAAUGAUGAAUGGUAAAGCUUCCCCUGCACUUAGUUAAGUACCAACAUCAUCUGUGGAAAAGUGGAGACAUAGUUUUCAACAGUCUUAAGCUUGGCAUCUGAUGGAGCUGAGUGGUCAUUUUUGUGUUCUGUCCACUUUUCCUCCAUGGAACAGCCCCUGGUAUCAUUGAAGUAGGAGCCUGGGGAACUACAGAGCCAACCUGGGCACUGUGGAAAAGAGUAACCUCACACUGCCAAUUUACCUGAUGAUAAAGUUAGAGGCAUGAGUCUAUAGUCACCUGGGACCAUGUAGCAUUUGUGAAUUCCACUCUCAUAAAUUUCUAUGGUAACUUCUUCUUCUUCUAUGGCACAACAGCCCGAUGUCGGGCCUUGGCCUCCCUUAUCAAGCCC